GGGAAGACGCCCGGGCGGCGGCCAUUUUGUCUUAUCGGCUGCUCUUUGCAAGAGGCUUUUCGGCUUGAGAGUGAGCCGAGGGAUUUGGCGGUCGAGUGGCUGGUGUUUUUCGUUGGCGGGUGCCUGGGCUGGUGGGAGCAGCCGCCCGGAGGAAGCACCAUGAUUUCGGCCGCGCAAUUAUUGGAUGAGUUAAUGGGCCGGGACCGAAACCUGGCCCCAGAUGAGAAGCGCAGCAACGUGCGGUGGGACCACGAGAGCGUUUGUAAAUACUAUCUCUGUGGCUUUUGCCCUGCGGAAUUGUUCACAAAUACUCGUUCUGAUCUUGGUCCAUGCGAAAAAAUUCAUGAUGAAAAUCUAAGAAAACAGUAUGAGAAGAGUUCCCGGUUUAUGAAAGUUGGCUAUGAGAGAGAUUUUUUGCGAUACUUACAGAGUUUACUUGCAGAGGUAGAACGUAGAAUUAGACGAGGUCAUGCUCGUUUGGCAUUAUCUCAAAACCAGCAGUCCUCUGGGGCUGCUGGUCCAACAGGCAAAAAUGAAGAAAAAAUUCAGGUUCUGACGGACAAAAUUGAUGUGCUUCUACAGCAGAUUGAAGAAUUAGGAUCAGAAGGAAAGGUAGAAGAAGCCCAGGGAAUGAUGAAAUUAGUUGAACAGUUAAAAGAAGAAAGAGAAUUACUAAGAUCCACAACCUCGACAAUUGAAAGUUUUGCUGCUCAAGAAAAACAGAUGGAAGUUUGUGAAGUUUGUGGAGCCUUUUUGAUAGUAGGAGAUGCCCAGUCCCGGGUAGAUGACCAUUUGAUGGGAAAACAACACAUGGGCUAUGCCAAAAUUAAAGCCACCGUGGAAGAAUUAAAAGAAAAGUUAAGGAAAAGGACAGAGGAGCCUGAUCGGGAUGAGCGUCUAAAAAAAGAGAAGCAAGAAAGAGAAGAAAGAGAAAAAGAGCGGGAGAGAGAGAGGGAAGAACGGGAAAGGAAAAGACGAAGAGAAGAGGAAGAAAGAGAGAAAGAAAGAGCUCGUGAUAGAGAAAGAAGAAAGAGAAGUCGUUCCCGAAGUAGACAUUCAAGCCGAACUUCUGACCGAAGAUGCAGCAGGUCUCGGGACCAUAAAAGAUCACGAAGUAGAGAAAGAAGGCGAAGCAGAAGUAGAGAUCGACGACGAAGCAGAAGCCAUGACAGAUCAGAGAGAAAACAUAGAUCUCGCAGCCGUGACCGAAGAAGGUCAAAAAGUCGGGAUAGAAAGUCAUAUAAACACAGGAGCAAAAGUCGGGACAGAGAACAAGACAGAAAAUCCAAGGAGAAAGAAAAGAGGGGAUCUGAUGAUAAAAAAAGUAGUGUGAAGUCCAGUAGUCGAGAGAAACAAAGUGAAGACACAAACACUGAAUCCAAGGAAAGUGAUACUAAGAAUGAGGUCAAUGGGACCAGUGAAGACAUUAAAUCUGAAGUGCAGCGUAAGUAUGCACAGAUGAAGAUGGAACUAAGCCGAGUAAGAAGACAUACAAAAGCCUCUUCUGAAGGAAAAGACAGUGUAGUCCUGCAAAACAUUUUGAGCGUUGGUGUUGUGAGCGGCCCAUGAAAAGCCAAAUUAAAAAUCAAGGAUUCAGUCAAACUAAGCAGGUACUCAUGCCAGGUACUCCUUUCUCUACCCACAUCCAUGUUUGAAUGCUAUUGCCUGUGAUCUUUACGCUUAACUGUUGUGUAUCUUUUUUGUUCUUUACAAGAAGCACAGAGGGGUUUUUUUGUGUAUUGCGUGAAAUCUUAAAAAUCAAAUGUUAACAGAAUGGAAUUUUUUUUCAACUGUGUGUAGGGAUGCAGUGGUGCCCAGAAUUAGAUAUCUUUAAAGAAUUUUAAAUACAAUAAACACUUCCUAUUAUUCGCCUUGUUACAUUCAGUGCAAUUCUCGAGUCUUUAAAGAGGUAUGUGCUUAAAUAUUUCCUACUGUGUAGGAGAAUUUGUGGUCAGCCAUAGGUGCAUAGGCACAGUCACUGGCUGAUACACUGAAAGCAGUGAUACACGGCAAGGACAAAUGCUGUGAAUCAGUGACAUGUUAAGAAGUGAACUGUACAGGAUGAAGUUGGGUUUUUAAAAGAACUAUUUAACAACUAGGCUUUAUAAGUGUUCUUAAAACCUCUAAACUUUUCAUUCUUUGGGCUAGUGGCAUGGGAUGAAAUAUUCCUGAUGAAAGGAAGUACCAAUUAGUUGAUUCAUUGGUGGCAUUCCUUUUCUAGAAGAGCAGUGUAGUUAUAUCUGUGUGAACCAUUCACAGGUAGCAAGCAUACACAGGCACAUGGCUUUUAGAACUACACCAAUGCCUUGGUUAUUAAAAACAGUGCAGACAUUUCAAAUACACAUGUUAAUCAUAAUUAGCAGUUAGCAGCUGGCCCAACACUUAGUCAUAAAAUUUUACCUUUUAUAUGCUGUCUAAUUAUCAUUUUUCCCCAAAUUUUGCAUUGUAGGACUACUGUUCGAAGAUUUUUUGAAGAAUACUGAACACGGCAUAAAGUGAAGAUCAACAUUAAAAUGAGGUGAAAGAAAGCUAAUUAGUGGUUAGUGGCAAGUAUAAAGCUCAGUUAGUUAUUUGUUUUUUUUGUUUUGUUUUUUUUUUAAUUAUUAAAAAUUCAGGACUGUUGUGACCAGAUUUCAGAACAUGUGUUAAUAGCACAUAUGCCACUUUGAAAAUGUAGGCCCUGUAUCAUAUAUUUUCUUUAAGACUUUUUAAGAAAUAUUACCUAAACAUGUGGCUUGCUCAGUGUUUAAUUGCAAGUUUUCAUUCUUGGACUUUGAAAACAGGAUUAAACGUUAGUAUUCAUGUGAAACCAACUAAGUGGGAUUCCAUUUUUACACUUCUGCUAUACUUAGCCUUUGGAUCUAGAAGUCAAAAUAAAGUAUCUCUGACUUUCUGUUA